UGUUAAUCAACACUCAUUGGCCUCUUGACUCUGUGAGACAAGAAGUUGUAGAAGGAAGUCCGGCAAAAUGAGCUUUCUUGCGGGAAGAUUAGCAGCAACAGAGGGCGCCUAUUUCUUAAACGAAUCCAAACAAGCCGUCGCUCGUCUCGCGCGGAAGAAACCUCCUUCUUCAUCACCCACAACCGCCAAUUCCGUCGCCCGGAGCGAAGAUUCCGAAGCUGCAGAUGUUCUGCCAGAGGUUUUAAGGCAUUCACUGCCGCCUAAGAUCUUCCAAUCUCCGCAGUCGUCAACCUCUUCGGACGCACCUCUUACAGCAGCUACCAAAUGGGUCGUCCGAAGUGACCCCAAUUCCACUUCGUUUGUGUCCCCUGAUGCUAUGAACCCUCUCAAAGCUUAUGUUUCUAUUCCCCAAGUCACCUUUGGACCUAAAAGAUGGCAGCUGCCUAGCUCUGAGAACCCAUUACUCGCCUCAACUGCAAAUGAAUUGCGAAGUGACAGACAAACCACAGUUAAUCCUGAAAAGCUAAGGGCUGCAGCUGCAGGACUGUCUCAAAUUGGCAAGGCAUUUGCUGCUGCUACAACUUUUGUCUUUGGUGGUGCCGCCUUGGCAUUUGGAUUGGCUGCCUCUAAGAUGGAACUUCACAAUGCUGAUGAUAUAAGGACCAAAGGAAAAGACAUUAUUCACCCAAGAUUCGAAGCGCUCAAGGAGCGGCUGAGUCCUUUGAGAACUUGGGCGGGCGAUGUGUCAAAGAAAUGGCAUUGGGAAAGGGAAGUAGGCGUUAAUAAGGAGAAGACUAUGAUGGUAAAGGAGCUUUCCAAAAUCCUUGGGGCAAAGCCAUCCAGCUAGCUAGCCUAGCUCUCUGCACGAUUUUGUGUAAAUAGAAAUUGUUAGUAACAAUUAAUAAAUCAUAAUGCGCUUGUUUGUUGCACCAGUAGUAAAAUAGUAUUGUUGUUGUGCCAGUAAUACUUGUAGUAGGGUCUAAUUUUCGUUUUUUCUUUUCCCAAAGAAAUGUACCAGUACAUAAUAGUAUAAUACUCCCUCCGUCCCUAAUUUAUCUUCCAAAUAGGUUUGGCACACAGUUUAAGAUAGUGGAUAUUGUGUGGUGGAGAAUUGUGCAGAGGAGAGAGAAAUGUGUAAGAAUUGUUGUGAAUCACAAAUUCUUUGCCAAAAAGGGAAAGUGGAAGUUUUAAUUGGGACAGACGAAAAAGGAAAGUUGGAAGUUUAUUUAGGGACGGAGGGAGUACAAAUUUGCGAUGGACCGUUAAUGGUGAAAAAGACAGAUUUAUAGGAAGCAUUAAUUUAUACUGUAUAAAAUAUAAAUGAUCAUUUGAA